CUGAUCAACUUUUUCGUUGUAGGUGAUAUUUUGUCAGCAUUCAAAGAGGUAUGUGGUGGACAUGGACGUUGUGAUUACAGUGAAGCGCUUUUUUUGUGCAUCAAGCGAAUAACAUCACGAUCGCCUCACUUUCAAAAACGAGUGGUUUAUCUGUUUACAAAUGAUGUGCAACCAUUUGGCAACAAUCGACAGCACUGUAUUGCUGCAUGUAAAAAUGCUGAUGAUCUUCGCAGUCACAAUGCUGAAUUUUCGGUCUAUCCGCUGAUUCCUGAGGACCACGAACAGCUGGAUCCAAAUGUACAGAAAAAUUUCGAAAAUAUCAGUGAACUGGAAAAUGACAUUCCAAGAAAGCAGUAUGCACGACGAAAUAUUGCUGGUUUGGAUUUUGAGAUUGGAAAUGGUGUGAAAUUUUCUGUCGGAAUCAUUCCAAGAAAGCAGUAUGCACGACGAAAUAUUGCUGGUUUGGAUUUUGAGAUUGGAAAUGGUGUGAAAUUUUCCGUUGGAAUCUACGCAUUGCUGGGUACCGAAAAACUGCCGCAACCGAUUGUUUUGGAUGCGGAAGAAAACGAAAUUGUACAACGAUCUCAUACAUACAUCAACAAAGAGACUGGUGACGAGAUGCCAUUGCUCGAUCGAGAAAUUAUCAGACGACGACAGGUUGGUGGUGAAACGGUGGAUAUGUCGCCAGAUGAAAUAGACAAAUUGCGAAGAAUAACUCUACCAGGGCUGUUGUUGCUUGGAUUCAAACCUCUUUCGUGCCUCAAAAUUUCUCAUCACAUCCGUUGCUCGCAAUUUGUCUAUCCACUUGAAAAAGAAGUCCUGGGAUCCACGCUGAUGUAUCGUACACUCUACGAGGUAUGUAUGAAGCAAAAGAAAAUGAUGAUUUGUCGCUAUACGCAAAAAGCAAAUGAGGAAAUAAGUUCGAAGUUUCGUUAUGCUGGAUUUCACUUGGUCUAUUUACCAUAUGCAGAAGACAAACGCGAUCUCAGUGAGCAAAUGACCCAUCCAGACGGUGAAUGGCCAAAAGCAUCCAAAGAACAAAUUGAAGCGGCCCGAGGUUUUGUGAAAAAGCUAACUGCCAGCUAUUUUCCAGAAAAAUUUUGCAAUCCUGUUCUACAAAAACACUAUAAAGUGAUCGAGGCGUUGGCACUGGAUUACGCAGAAAUGCCAGAAGUGAAAGAUCAGAUCCAGCCAUACUUUGUACAUGAUGCAUUCCGGAAAAGAGUGGAAAAAGAGUUAGACAGCUAUCGAACUGCUACGCUUCCUGAUGAUUAUAAUCCAGAGGAAAAGAAAAAGAAGGAAACGAAAACCAAAAGAACGGAUGAUUCAAGUAGGUUUUUGAAGCGCAAGCCUGAAUCUUUCGAACUAAAAAGGAAAGUAAAAGAUUUGAGGAGUUCGAAAAUACUCUGAUU